GUUUUUUGAGAAAGUCGCGACAGAACUUUGUGAUUUUUGGAACAGAGACUAGCAUUAACUGUUUUCCCACUUGUUGUGAGAUCCUCACGAAAUUGGAACGAUUAUUUGUGUCCGCAUGCGCAUAGAUAUAGAACAGCAAGUAGAAAAACCAUUUGAAGCGUGGCCGAAGUUCGAUUCUGUGGCUCUUACAAACUACUUGGUUAAUAUUCGUUAUAUCUAUGAUUUUGGCUCUCCUCAAUAGGUGGAUUUCUUUUUUUAGGUUCCGUCACAGUGAGUCUUCCUUGUGUCUUUUUCAUUGAUCCCCGUGUCGCAAUUUUCAGCAAGAAUCACCUUGACUUUGUUGACAGUACAACUACAGGACCACCACGACCUUCGUCAAUUUCAACUCUGGAUCACCACCAUGUCGCAGGCCGAAGACGAAUGUACAGGUGAUGCGGCGAAAGGUGCGCUGCCGACAGCAGUUCUGGACAUAUUGGAGACGGCGGACAAUCAAACCUGCGUUGGCUCACAGCUGUGGAACGAGCUUACCCAGAGAGAUCCUCACUUGUUGAGAACACUCCGGCGAUAUUAUGGCGGUGUCAUUUCUUCGAUGGAAUUUCUGAGACCUAAUCCUCAACUUAUUGGCCAGUUACCAGACUUACGAUUACCGGAGGAGGUGGCAAAUGCCUUCAUUAUAGGGCCUCCGCCUCAACAGCACGAACUUUAG